AUGGCGUCGAACGCGGUAAACAAACAUAAUCACGGGACGCCCUUGGAGGACCUGGCUGGGUCACGGUCUGCGGGCUGCCUCAAGGUCUUUAUACAGAGGGACUACUCGGAGGGGACAUCUGUCAAAUUCCAGACCAAGUUCCCGCCUGAGCUGGAGGGAAAGAUUGAGAAAUCCGUCUUUGAGAACACAAUAAAUGACAUAAAUGGGAUGUUUGUGGAAGCAGAGAAGAUGUCAUGUGGUCGGUACUGUGAAGGCUGUCUAGGGUGCUUAACAGCAUAUCUUGUGUUCUUCUGCAUGGAAACACAUUAUGAACAGAUGAUGAAGAAGGUAACAAAAUAUGUGGCAGAACAGAAUGAAAGGGCCUGGUCACCUCGUGGCUUACUCCUCACCAACCCCAUUGAACGUGGACUGAGAGUUAUUGAAAUUAGCAUAUUAACAGAGCCGGCCACGACGAGAGCUCAAUGAAACGUCCAACAUAGCAAAGGUGUAAGUGCUGUACAGGACCGAUAAUUUCUCCCAUUCACAUUUUCAUUGUCAUCCUCUUCAUCCGCAGACAUUCAUAGUUCUCAUGUUCAUCCACAACAUUUUUGUCAUUAUAUGGGAUAGUCUAUUAUAGAAUUAAGGCAAAUAUAUAAGUGUCAUUUUUGAAAGAAUGAGAGAGCGAGAUUCAACCCCCAAAUGUGAGGUGUAUAAGUUGGUUCUGUUCCCUUCUUGCAAGUUAAAAAGAAAAAAUGAAUAAAAAAAUGUAAUGAAGAAUGAUUUUCUCCUCUUUUAUCAUUGUAGUUUGUAAUUUAUUGUAUCUUGAGUUAGACAGCUUUGUACGUAUGUGAGAAUAUACUGUUCAGAAAAGAAAUUGCUGUAAGGAUAUAUAUAUUUUUUUCUCUUUGAUUAAUUACAUAUGAUAUUUUGAAAUAGACCAAGCCAAGGAGAUACGGGAGGUAUAGGGUGGAGUGGUGUGAUUUUGUUGAGUGUACGUUUUUCCUUGUGUUAUCAGGGAGGUAACAUCAUGAAGGGUUAGUAUCAUUGGUGAUUAUCCUGGUAUUUCUGUUUCUUUGUACAUCUGAUUGGACAGUGUUUAUAUUAUUAUUAUUUUUUUUUCAAACUUCGGUCCAUAGACAUAAUGCAUUUAUAUACAUAUUGUUGUUUGAAUUUUUUUGUUUGGUUUUGCAUUAUAUUCUUGACAUCGUGCAAAACAGCAUUUGUCCCUUAUUUCCCUCUUUCAAUCUUAGGUUACAAUUUAUAUCUAAAAUCUGAAAUGUUUCAGAUUAAAAUUGUCAUCUUGUCUCUUCAGUCUGCUGAAUGAAUUGGAAUCUGGAAAUAAGUAUCCUUAAACUUCAUGUCAAUUUUAUUAUGCCAAAUAUGAUACUCAUAUUUAAUGAUUACUGUUGAUAUUUAAGUUUGAUAGACAACAUUUUUCACAUAAUUUUCAACAAUUGCUUUGAGUAUAAAGUUGGUUUGUAAGCUUGAGUUUGUGCAAUUUCAUGUAUUUUAAGACUGGUGUUAUUAUUUAUGGUCCAAAUAUAUCUUCAGACUUGGAAUGUGCGAUGGAGUGUAGUAGAUCAUUCACACUUUAUUAUAAAUUUUUGAUUAUUUAUAUGAUAUGUUAUUAAAGUCCCUAUUAUUCA